ACCACUCACUUCCACUCCCACAAUGUUGAUCAAAGUCCGUACCCUGACCGGCAAGGAAAUCGAGCUGGAUAUCGAGCCCGACUAUAAGGUCUCCCGGAUAAAAGAGCGCGUCGAAGAAAAAGAGGGCAUCCCACCCGUCCAGCAGCGUCUGAUUUUCGGCGGAAAGCAGAUGGCCGACGAUAAGACCGCCUCAGAAUACAACCUGGAAGGCGGCGCAACGUUACAUUUGGUUCUUGCUCUUCGGGGUGGCAUUUAAGUCUUUCGGUUCGUUCAUUGUUGACUGUGGAUGAGCACGAGCUACUGAGGACGUAUACGAAUAACUACGGGGUGGAAGGGCAGGGAAGUGGGGGGGAUAAAUCAUGGGUGGCUAGGUGGGGAUCGUGGAGUUAGGAAGCAAGCGUCUGUUUCGUGAAUGAGAAACAACUGUCCAGUUUGAAUAAGCGAUGAUGUUUGCCUUGUCUUGAGCUCUCAGGCUGGUCUCCUGAACUCUCUGGGGGAGUCGUCCGUCGUCGGUGCGGUAAUAUCAGACUAUGUUUCAUACAUUACAUA